AUGCCAGGCCUACCACGGUCCAUACUGGAUGUGUUUUCCCUCGCCAAUACCGAGCAGAGCAAUGAGCUCUCCCUCGUGGGAGGAGCAAGCUUGACCGAUGAUGGCGUCAGGACAGAAAUGAUCCAGCUGUUGCCCUGGCUUGUGGGCACAAUUCUCUCCGUCUUUGCGUUGGGCGCCCUCGUGCCCAUGACGGCCUCAUACCUGCGCGGCUCCGCAGGCAAUGACAGCUGGAAGCUGCGAUGCUCCGUCACGACCCUGCUGCUCAUCAAUCUAGCACAGAUGCUCAUCGACGUCUCGCGUUCCUAUCGCAUCACCAUUCUCCACCCCCUUGCUGGCACAGACGCAGCCAUUCGUUCGGCCUCUGCGUAUCUGGACGCCAGCGGCGACCGACAAGAAGACUGCAUCUCAUUCUUCCUCGGAGCAGUCGCUCUCUCUGGAGCACAGUACUGGCUCGCUCGAAGGUCCAAUGCGCUCUUCUUUGCUCGCAGUUCGAAGCCCAGCUCCAAGCGUAAGCUCAUCACGUUUAUCAUCGUCGUCAGCUGCGCGCUCGGCGUCGCUACUGCCGCUUCGUUGAAGCUCAUCAACUCAUACUCUCGAGCACUUGGCACGUGGUCGUGGGCUGCCGUGCUCCUCCUCUGCUGGCUGAUCCUGAACAUGCUCAUCGAUAUGUUCAUCUGCUACACCCUGUCACGGGAAUUGCACAAGGCCACUUCAGUGGUUGAACAGCAGGCACCUCUCGAGACUCUCAACGGCUUGCUAUGGGCCGCUCUGCUCUCCGGCUCAGUCCUGAUAGUUAUGUACGCCGUGUCCAUCGGCUUGCUCGUCGCUCGUGUUGGAGCAUGGACCUGGGUUCUCAUCGUCUUGAUCCCAAAGAUCGCCUUCAUCGCUCUCGUCUUUGGUCUUGCGCUGCGAAGAGAGGUUUCCGGUCAGUCUGGUUGUCACAUUCCCUCGCCCCAGUACUCGCGCUGGAUUGAGGCGUCGGCGAGGGCUCGCAGCAGCAAGCGUUUCAGCGGUCAGGAUCACCUUCCACCGAGCAUUUCAUCUAUACAUGAGCGCUCCGUGGAGAAUGGCAGCCCCGCACUGCAUGUCCAUGAGACACCUUUGAAUAGCCCCACGCUACGCGACGGCUCCGAGGGACACUCUGGAAAGUUAAAGCGCAUGUCAGUGUUCAGCAAGAUAGGAUCUCCAGUACUCCGCGCGACUUCACCAGAGUCUCUGAGGCGAGCACCGUCUUUCGCACAUACGCUUACCGAUGACCAGACGCAACAUUUUGCCUUGCGCCGUGGCUUGGCUGAAGACGACUCGAUGCGCCCAUCCCCCGUGCGCGCGACUGCAUCGCGUGGCUUCAGUAAUCCUUCUCGGGCAUCGCGCACCUUGCUUGCCCGCAUGAACUCGGCACUUUCUGAGCGCAGUCAGCAGACUGACAGAUACACGCGAGCGAGGAGCAGAACCCUUCCCGCUGACGACUUCCACGCACAGUCGAUGUGGCCAUCGGCAUUAAUUUUCCGUCCUUUCACCGCGGAAAGUCGCGCAACGGUGCAGACGAAUGGAACGGCUAGGUCGAGUCGGCUUGAUUCACUCUUCGAUGCAUCGCUCGACCUCGACCGAGGCCGUGAGGGUGACCUCAGACUCAGCUCUAGGCCCAACACGCGAGAAUCUGCAAAGGAUCUGCGCACCCUCGAUCACGACACCGACGAUCCAAGAGAGUACCUAUCUGCAAAUUCGAGGAUACGCGCUGCGCCUAGUGCGAAUCAUGUACUUAGGCCAGGCGCUUGGGCUGACUGGGCUCACACGACCAAUCGCGUUAGACCGGUCACCUCGGUCACGUUUGCCGACUCGAAGCCCUCAACUCUCCAUCCUGCCCCUCGCAAUUCCCCUAGACAGACUCGUUCGGCCGGUGGAAAUCAGACGCUGGAUCUGGAUACGGGCAAUCCUUUGCUGAGCGCUCUGAAGUCAUUGCCGGACAGGCAAGCAUCUCCAUCCGGUGCAAUCAAAGUCUCGGAGCGUCUGCCCUCCCUUGGAGCAGACAACAUUGACUCGCGAAUGGCCACGCCAGACGACGUCCAUCCAGCGGCGGACGUCAUGACAGGAUCGAGGCAAGCGGAAGCCUACCUGCGACGUGAAAUAGGCUUUAGUGAGACAGCAGAAGGUGACGUCGAGGCUGGACACCAGGGAGCAACAUUGUGUGGCACCUCACAAGUCUGCCAAUCGCUUAGCGUCUUGAAGCCGAGUGGAAUUGAGCACACCAGCCCUUCGCCAGAUCUUUCUGUCGCGCACACAAAUCAUGCCUUUUGGAGCAGCAGCUCUCUUGACCCGCCUCAGUUCCCACUGCUUCGGACAGUCUCUUCCACCUCAACGUUUGGCGGACAUCAUCAUGAAGAAGUGCAGGGCCCGAUAAUCCAUACUCAGCCGUCGGCAAGAUCUGCGGAGAGCGUUUCCAUCUACUCGAUGGGGUCUUUGCACGCACCAGCUCCACGCCUCCAGCCUGAACAGUUGAAGCGCCUGACCCCUUUCAAAAUGUCGGGCAUCGCUGCUCGGGUCUAG